CAUGUCUCCCGUCAAGAAUCCUUACUGGGACGGUGUACACGCCAAGGGUGACACAGGUGUGUUCUGGGACGUGGUGGAUUUCCCAAUGCCUACUGAAUCUGAUCCUGAUUUGAUUUGUAGGAUGAUCAAAUCAGCUCUUGAUGAACAGGGUUGUUGUAAUGGUUCUGUGUCAAUCCGGUUGUACGACGUCGAAGAUGAGAAAACGGCCACGAAACAAGAAGUGAUCAUAGAUAAAUAUGAGGCUGCCGGAAUCAGUUUAAAUUUCGUACCCGAAGUUGCUGAGGCGCAUGGAUAUGCUAGAGUUCAUAAGAUGUUAUUGGACAUUCUUUUGUGGGCAUUUUCCAGUGUUCAAACGUCCAAUUUGAUUAUACUCUCAAAAAAACUCAAGGAAGACUCGAAGACGGUCGGUGCUAUUGAGGGUUUGCGUUUCGACGGUAUGAAAAUUCUCUUAUCACAUCUAAAGUGCUAUCUUCUACUGAAAGCUCAGAAUGGCUUUUGAUUAGGCUUUGUGAGAGCCUACCAUCACAAGAGAAGUGGAAGCGCGUUGACGAUAUAAGCUGAAGCGUGGUGUGAUUCUGAUGCUGUUACCAACUAGCUAGGAAGCAAAAUGUACUUUUGUGUUUUAUGUGAUGUACGUACUUGUGUGUUUUAUGUUAUAUCUGUGAUUGAUUCUCUUUGGUUUCGAUCAUUUAGUCUUU